AUGGAUCCUGGAAAGUUCACACACAAGACCAAUGAGGCUCUUGCAACAGCUCACGAAUUGGCAAUAAGUGCUGGUCAUGCCCAGAUAACCCCGUUACAUCUUGCUGUUGCCCUUCUUUCAGAUCCUAGUGGAAUCUUUAGACAAGCAGUUGCCAAUGCCGGUGGUCAUGAGAAUUCUGCUCAGGCAGCAGAAAGAGUUUUCAAUCAAGCCCUCAAGAAACUCCCAUCUCAGUCUCCGCCUCCUGAUGAAGUUCCUCCCAGCACUAGUCUUAUUAAGGUGAUAAGACGUGCUCAAGCGUUACAAAAAUCACGAGGGGACUCCUAUUUAGCUGUUGAUCAGAUGAUCUUAGGUCUUCUCGAGGAUUCCCACAUAAGGGAUUUGUUGAAAGAAGUUGGAGUUUCUGCUUCCACUGUGAAAUCUGAGGUAGAGAAACUCCGAGGAAAGGAAGGGAAGAAGGUGGAGAGUGCUUCUGGGGAUACUAAUUUUCAGGCUUUGAAGACUUAUGGGAGAGAUCUUGUGGAAGAUGCGGGAAAGCUUGAUCCUGUCAUUGGAAGAGAUGAUGAGAUCAGAAGGGUCGUCAGGAUUCUAUCACGGAGAACUAAGAACAACCCGGUCCUUAUUGGAGAGCCAGGAGUUGGCAAAACCGCUGUUGUUGAAGGUUUGGCCCAAAGGAUUGUGAGAGGGGAUGUGCCAAGUAAUCUUGCUGAUGUCAGGCUCAUUGCCUUGGACAUGGGUGCUCUUGUUGCUGGUGCAAAAUAUAGAGGGGAAUUCGAGGAGCGGUUAAAAGCUGUUUUGAAAGAAGUGGAAGAAGCUGAGGGGAAGGUGAUUCUGUUUAUUGAUGAAAUUCAUCUUGUUCUAGGUGCGGGUCGAACGGAGGGGUCUAUGGAUGCUGCUAACCUUUUUAAGCCAAUGCUUGCAAGAGGUCAGCUUAGGUGCAUUGGAGCCACAACCCUGGAAGAGUACAGGAAGUAUGUGGAGAAAGAUGCUGCAUUUGAGAGAAGGUUCCAACAAGUCUAUGUGGCUGAGCCAAGUGUUGCAGACACAAUAAGCAUUCUUCGAGGAUUGAAAGAGAAGUAUGAGGGUCAUCAUGGUGUUCGAAUUCAAGACAGAGCCCUUGUGGUUGCAGCUCAAUUAUCAAGUCGAUAUAUUACAGGUCGUCAUCUGCCCGAUAAGGCAAUUGAUUUGGUCGAUGAAGCAUGUGCAAAUGUUAGAGUCCAACUUGAUAGUCAGCCUGAAGAAAUCGACAACCUUGAAAGGAAGAGAAUGCAACUAGAAGUAGAACAUCAUGCUCUUGAGAAGGAGAAAGAUAAAGCUAGCAAAGCUCGACUGGCUGAAGUUGUAAAAGAACUUGAUGACUUGAGAGACAAGCUUCAGCCCAUGUUGAUGAAAUACAAAAAGGAGAAAGAAAGGAUUGAUGAGAUUCGGCGGCUCAAGCAGAAGAAAGAGGAGAUACUUUUCUCCAUACAAGAGGCUGAAAGAAGAUACGAUUUAGCCAGAGUUGCUGAUUUGCGCUAUGGGGCACUGGAGGAAGUGGAAGCUGCUAUAGCACGUCUUGAAGGAGCAACCACCGAGGAGAACUUGAUGCUGACAGAAACUGUUGGACCAGAACACAUUGCGGAAGUAGUGAGUCGGUGGACUGGCAUUCCUGUCACAAGGCUUGGCCAGAAUGAGAAAGAGAGGCUAAUUGGGCUUGCUGAUAGGUUGCAUCAGAGAGUGGUAGGACAGGACCAAGCGGUUAAUGCUGUUGCGGAGGCUGUGCUGAGGUCAAGGGCUGGUUUAGGCAGGCCUCAGCAGCCGACUGGCUCAUUCCUAUUCUUGGGUCCAACUGGUGUUGGCAAGACAGAGCUUGCCAAGGCUCUUGCUGAGCAGCUCUUUGAUGAUGAAAACCAUUUGGUGAGAAUCGAUAUGUCUGAGUACAUGGAGCAACACUCAGUAGCUCGACUUAUUGGUGCUCCUCCUGGGUAUGUGGGGCAUGAAGAAGGUGGGCAGCUGACAGAGGCUGUGAGACGGAGGCCUUAUAGCGUUGUGCUGUUUGACGAAGUGGAGAAAGCUCACGUUUCUGUCUUUAAUACUCUUCUUCAAGUUCUUGAUGAUGGAAGGCUAACAGACGGUCAAGGCCGCACUGUAGAUUUUAGAAACACAGUGAUUAUCAUGACUUCCAACCUUGGGGCUGAGCACCUUUUGUCUGGACUGAUGGGCAAGUGUUCCAUGCAAGUUGCUCGAGAUCGAGUGAUGCAAGAGGUGAGAAAGCAGUUCAGGCCUGAGUUACUAAAUCGGCUUGAUGAGAUAGUGGUUUUUGAUCCACUCUCUCAUGACCAACUGAGAAAGGUUGCAAGGUUACAAAUGAAAGAUGUUGCUAGCCGUCUUGCUGAGAGGGGUAUUGCUUUGGCAGUUACAGAUGCUGCACUGGAUUAUAUUUUGGCUGAGAGUUAUGAUCCUGUCUAUGGUGCGCGACCUAUAAGGAGAUGGCUCGAGAGGAAGGUGGUCACAAUGCUAUCUAGAAUGCUUGUAAGAGAGGAGAUUGAUGAGAACUCUACUGUGUACAUAGAUGCAAGCCCAGAUGGACAGGACUUGGCUUAUCGCGUGGAGAAGAAUGGUGGACUUGUCAAUGCAGCCACGGGUCAAAAGGCUGAUGUUUUGAUUCAAAUUCCCAAUGGCCCAAGGGAUGAUGCUGCCCAGAAAGUGAAAAAGAUGAAGAUCCAGGAGGUUGUGGAUGAGGACGGUGAUAAUGAGAUGAUUGAGUGA